AUCAGCGUGGACCACAUAUUUCCUUUUGUUGAACGUACACUGAGGUCCAUUGUCAGUUUCGUUCACGGUCCCCUUGGGUUUCGUUUGGUGUUCCUGGAGUCCACCGAUCCGUCCCGGUAUUUACUGCCAGGCAAUCCGUUAUUUGGAAAUAAAUAAUGAAAUUUCUCUUAAUUUUCGGCCUUAUAGGCCUGGUCGCUUGCUCUGGGAGUUCCGCGGACACUGUGAGUGGGCCGAAAGUCACAGAAAAGGUAUGGUUCGAUAUUACAAUUGACAAAGUACCAGCUGGAAGAGUCGAGAUCGGUUUGUUUGGAAAAACCGUUCCAAAAACAGCUACGAACUUUGCAGAACUUGCAAAGAAACCAGAAGGGCAAGGGUACAAGGGAAGCAAAUUCCACAGAGUCAUUCCCGACUUUAUGAUCCAAGGUGGGGACUUUACUCGAGGAGAUGGAACUGGUGGUCGCAGCAUUUAUGGUGAUCGUUUUGCUGAUGAGAAUUUCAAGCUCAACCAUUAUGGUGCUGGAUGGUUAUCUAUGGCUAACGCCGGCAAAGACACAAAUGGUUCACAAUUUUUCAUCACCGUCAAGAAGACUCCAUGGCUCGAUGGCAGACAUGUUGUCUUUGGAAAAGUCAUUAAGGGCAUGGAUGUGGUGAGAAAAAUUGAAAAACUGACCACUGAUAGUCGUGACAAGCCAUCCGUGGAUGUGGUAAUUGCUGAUUGUGGAGCCGAACCUGUAGAUGUUCCAUUUGCAGUCAGUAAGGAGGAUGCAGAAGAUUAAACUUGAACUGUUGACUACCUUAAUGAAGGUCCAAGCUCAAUUGUAAUCGAUCAAAUGUUCAGCAAAACGCAAUACGUAAUACGUUAAUCACAUUUGAUUAUUCCGGCCAUUGUAGCGUAAUUUAAGUUGUUGACUUCCAAAUCCUCACGCUGCAAUUGGUCAUUCAGCAAAGAAGAGCCGAAAAAAAAUUUCUAUGGAUAAAUAUGCCUAAUUAUAAGAUAAAUAAAUUCCUUUAUACCACUAA